UUAAGAGCAGUGUGUUUGUUUGGAACCACCUCCUCAUCUCAGUCUGCAAUGUGCAGUUAGUUAGCAAGCAGGCUGUGGGAAACAGCAUGUAUAGUGUAUUCUGUGUAUCUACAGAGGGGCUAAAGUGAGAUGCUAUGCAACGCAUGUAACUAAGUUAUUGUUAAUGUACCUGCAUGGUUUUCUGGCAUUUACUGCAUAGACUGAUAGCCUAGGGAUAGCAGAGUAUUAGAAACGCAGAGCACAGAGUCUGGCGAAGAUACAGGAAUUCAUUCAACGCCUGAAGGAUUGCUCGGGCUGCCGAAGGCAAAAAAUCACAUUCAACUCUGUGUCCUCAGACGGGAAUAUAAAAGCUUACUCUCAGCCAAAAGAAGUUGCCUUUGGUUCUCAGACCUGUUUCCUAAACAUGCAAUUUGGAUGAGCAAGUACUCUGUAUUGCAUUCGCUGCCAGAUCACAAACUUGUGAAUUAAACAAGUUCUACUGGAUCUAACCGCGAUUUCUCUGGCAUAUACCCAUCUUCUUUCUUAGUGAGAUCUAACCUGCUGUGUGCUGGUUUCUUUACUUUGGUGUUUUGUUGGUGGGUCUACGAUAAUGCUGGCAAGCUUUGUGAAGAAGAAGAUGUGUGGCAUUGGCUUCUGGAAGGUGUCCAUAUCUGUGGGGUUAGUGUUGGUGAUACUGAGCGAGGUGGCACCUCAACCCUGCCCAGCUCAGUGUUCAUGUUCUGGUACCACGGUGGACUGUCAUGGACUAGCUCUACGUAACGUUCCUCGUAACAUCCCACGGAAUACUGAAAGAUUAGACCUGAACGCCAAUAAUAUAACAAGAAUAACUAAGACAGAUUUUGCUGGUUUAAGACACCUUCGUGUUUUGCAGCUUAUGGAAAACAAGAUUAGCACUAUUGAAAGGGGAGCAUUCCAGGAUCUUAAAGAACUCGAUAGACUGCGUUUAAAUAAGAACAAUCUUCAGAUUUUUCCAGAGUUACUUUUUUUGGGAAAUCCAAAACUCUACAGACUGGACCUCAGUGAAAACCAGAUUCAAGCAAUCCCACGAAAAGCUUUCCGAGGCGCUGUAGAUAUUAAAAAUCUGCAGCUGGAUUACAACCAGAUCAGCUGUAUCGAAGAUGGGACUUUCCGAGCCUUGCGUGAUCUGGAAAUACUCACUCUCAACAAUAACAACAUCACUCGACUUUCGGUGGCAAGCUUCAACCAUAUGCCCAAACUCAGGAUUUUUCGACUUCACUCCAAUAACUUGUACUGUGACUGCAACCUUGCAUGGUUAUCUGACUGGCUCCGCCAAAGACCUCGCGUCGGACUUUAUACUCAGUGCAUGGGACCAAGUCACUUGAGGGGACAUAACCUAGCAGAGGUUCAAAAACGAGAAUUUGUCUGCAAUGGCCAGCAGUCAUUCAGCGUACCUUCGUGUAGUGUCUUGCACUGCCCAGCUGCUUGUACCUGCAGCAACAACAUUGUAGACUGUCGUGGAAAAGGCUUGACAGAGAUACCCACCAACCUUCCAGAGACAAUAACAGAAAUGCGACUGGAGCAAAACUCAAUCAAGGUCAUACCUCCAGGGGCCUUCUCACCAUACAAAAAACUCAGAAGAAUUGAUUUAAGCAACAACCAGAUAUCCGAAAUAGCCCCAGAUGCUUUUCAAGGCCUGCGUUCACUCAACUCCCUUGUUCUCUACGGAAAUAAAAUUACGGAGCUUCCCCAAAAUGUGUUUGACGGACUAUUUUCUUUACAACUCUUAUUACUUAAUGCCAACAAGAUAAAUUGUUUGCGAGUCGGAGCUUUCCAGGAUCUGCAUAACCUGAACCUCCUUUCUUUGUAUGACAACAAACUUCAAACCAUUGCCAAAGGAACAUUUUCACCACUUCGGGCUAUUCAGACGCUGCAUUUGGCUCAGAACCCGUUUAUCUGCGACUGCCAUCUGAAGUGGCUUGCGGAUUAUCUUCAUACAAACCCUAUUGAGACCAGCGGUGCCCGCUGCACCAGCCCCCGCAGACUGGCAAACAAAAGAAUCGGCCAGAUCAAAAGCAAGAAAUUCCGCUGCUCAGCUAAAGAGCAGUAUUUCAUCCCAGGAAUUCAUCAUUUGGGAUGCACAGAAGAUUACCGAGCCAAGUUGAGUGGAGAUUGUUUUGCUGAUCUAGCCUGCCCAGAGAAAUGUCGCUGUGAGGGAACAACUGUGGACUGCUCCAAUCAGAAGCUCACAAAAAUCCCAGAUCACAUUCCUCAGUACACUGCGGAAUUGCGUCUCAACAACAAUGAGUUCACAGUUCUAGAAGCAACUGGUAUCUUCAAGAAGCUUCCUCAGCUAAGGAAAAUAAACUUAAGCAACAACAAAAUUACCGAUAUCGAAGAAGGAGCAUUUGAUGGAGCAAAUGGAGUCAAUGAGCUAAUAUUGACCAGUAAUCGCAUAGAAAAUGUUCGCCACAAAAUGUUCAAAGGUCUCGAGGGACUAAAAACACUGAUGUUAAGAAGCAAUCGCCUUAGCUGCGUCAAUAAUGACAGUUUCACCGGCCUGAGUUCUGUCCGUUUACUGUCCCUCUAUGACAAUCAGAUUAUUACGGUGGCACCUGGUGCUUUUGAUACUCUCCAUUCAUUGUCCACCCUGAAUCUUCUGGCAAAUCCCUUUAGUUGCAAUUGUCACCUGGCCUGGUUGGGUGAUUGGCUCCGGAAGAAACGUAUUGUUACAGGAAACCCUAGGUGCCAGAAGCCCUAUUUCCUAAAAGAGAUUCCCAUCCAGGACGUGGCCAUUCAAGACUUCACCUGUGAUGACGGAAACGAUGACAAUAGCUGUUCGCCACUUUCACGAUGCCCAGCCGAGUGCACCUGCCUAGAUACAGUGGUUCGAUGUAGUAAUAAAGGACUCAAAGCAUUACCCAAAGGCAUCCCAAAAGAGGUCACAGAACUGUAUUUGGAUGGAAACCAGUUUCCUCUUGUGCCAAAGGAACUGUCUAGUUAUAAGCACUUGACCCUUAUUGAUCUAAGCAACAACAGGAUAAGCACUCUGUCUAACCACAGCUUCAGCAACAUGACCCAGCUUCUCACCUUGAUUCUCAGUUACAAUCGCCUACGUUGUUUCCCACUUCAGGCUUUUGAUGGUUUACGAUCUCUGAGACUCUUGUCAUUACAUGGAAAUGAUAUCUCAACUAUACCCCAAGGAGCGUUCAGUGACCUCUCAGCACUGUCACAUCUGGCUAUUGGUGCAAAUCCUCUGCAUUGUGAUUGCAACUUGCAGUGGCUUUCAGAAUGGGUCAAAUCCGAAUACAAAGAACCUGGCAUUGCUCGAUGUGCGGGGCCAGGAGACAUGGCUGAUAAGCUUCUCCUCACUACUCCAUCCAAAAAGUUCUCAUGUUCUGAAAUUCCAGGGCCUUGUGGUUUUCCAAUUGCAGGACCUGUUGAUGUUAAUAUUCUUGCGAAAUGCAACCCAUGUUUAUCCAACCCAUGCAAAAAUGAUGGAACCUGUAACAACGACCCGGUUGACUUCUACAGAUGUACCUGUCCGUAUGGCUUUAAGGGACAGGACUGUGAUAUUCCAAUCCACGCUUGUAUCAGCAACCCAUGUCAGCAUGCUGGGACUUGUCACUUAAAGGAAGAAGAUAAAGAUGGAUUUUGGUGCACGUGUGCAGAUGGUUUUGAAGGUCCACAUUGUGAGGUGAACAUCGAUGACUGUGAAGACAACGAUUGUGAAAAUAAUUCAACUUGUGUUGAUGGUGUCAACAACUACACUUGUUUGUGCCCCCCGGAAUACACAGCUGCUAAUCUGAAUGAGGUGGAAAAAGGUGAACUUUGCGAAGAGAAACUGGACUUUUGCGCUCAGGAAGUGAAUCCAUGUCAGCACGACUCAAAAUGCAUACUGACAAGUAAAGGAUACAAAUGUGACUGCACACCUGGCUACAUUGGUGAGCACUGUGACAUCGACUAUGAUGAUUGCCAAGAUAACAAGUGCAAGAACGGAGGGCGUUGCAUAGAUGCGGUUAAUGGCUACACAUGUAUUUGUCCUGAUGGAUACAGUGGUUUAUUCUGUGAAAUGUCCCCACCAAUGGUUCUACCUCGCACAAGUCCUUGUGACAAUUUUGAUUGCCAAAAUGGAGCCCAUUGCAUUGUAAAAGGCAAUGAACCUUCAUGUCAGUGCCUGGCUGGUUAUCAGGGAGCUAAAUGUGAAAAACUCACCAGCGUAAAUUUUGUGAACAAAGACUCAUUCUUACAAAUUCCUUCAACAAAGAUACGUGCACAGACAAACAUUACGUUACAGGUUGCCACAGAUGAAGACAGUGGAAUUCUUCUCUAUAAAGGAGACAAGGAUCAUGUUGCCGUAGAAUUAUAUCGAGGUAGAGUACGAGUUAGUUACGACACUGGAAGUUACCCAGCUUCUGCUAUCUACAGCGUUGAAACAAUUAAUGAUGGGAAUUUUCAUAUUGUCGAAUUAAUAAGUCUGGAUCAAACAUUGUCUCUGGCUGUUGAUGGAGGGAGUCCGAAAUCCAUUACUAAUUUGUCAAAACAGUCUUCACUGAGCUUUGACUCGCCACUUUAUGUAGGAGGCAUGCCUGUGAAAAAUAAUUUUGCAGCUCUUCGACAAUCUCCUGGACAAAAUGGAACCAACUUCCAAGGCUGCAUACGUAACUUGUACAUCAAUAACGAGCUACAGGAUUUUAAAAAGCUCAAUAUGCAAGUGGGAAUUCUGCCUGGAUGUGAACCCUGCCACAAAAAGGUCUGCGUACAUGGUACCUGCUCAGCCACGAGCCAGUCUGGCUUUACUUGUGAAUGUGAUAGUGGAUGGACAGGACAACUGUGUGAUCAACAGUCCAACGACCCAUGCCUUGGAAAUAAGUGUAUCCAUGGAAUAUGUCUCCCAAUAAAUGCCUUUUCGUAUAGCUGUAAGUGUAUGCAAGGCUAUGAUGGAGUACUUUGUGAUGAAAGUGAAGAUCAGCAUAGCCCAUGCCAAUCUGUCAAAUGCAAACAUGGCAAAUGCAGACUUUCUGGUACAGGAAAAGCCUAUUGUGAAUGUAACAGUGGUUAUACUGGAGACAGCUGUGAUAAAGAAAUCUCUUGUCGAGGGGAACGGAUCCGAGAUUACUACCAAAAGCAGCAAGGUUAUGCAGCUUGCCAGACGACCGAGAAGGUUUCGAGAUUAGAAUGCAAAGGAGGAUGUUCUAAUGGCCAAUGCUGUGGACCACUAAGGAGCAAGCGACGGAAAUAUGCUUUUGAAUGCACGGAUGGAUCUUCAUUUGUGGACGAAGUUGAGAAAGUCAUAAAAUGUGGCUGUACAAAGUGCCCCUCCUAAAUAUGUAGCUUCACAAGUUCUUUGAAAAUGUUGUAUACCUAUUGACCGUGUUGGACUAAUUAAAGCUUCACAGUGGAAAUAUUUGAAUUAUAUUGUAAAAUACAGAAACAAACUUAUUUUUAUUAAGAAAGCAAAGACUUUUUUCCCUCAGUUGGCAAAAAAUAAAGAAUAAAAUAAAUGAAUUUUAAAAAAUCAGUGCUUUGACUUCUCAAAAACAAGAAGAGUAAUCAAUGGAAUGACUACAAGUCUACGGAGAUACUACUUAAUGUAAGGGAAAUAUAGCAUACAUGGAACACAACCAAUUUUUGCUGCAAACUCUACAAGACUUUUUAAUUGGUCAAUACAUAUCAUCGUUUCUCUGUUUGGAAUCCAAGAAUGAGAAAGGAGAAGCAAGCUUUUAUAACAAAGGAAUAGUUAUGUUGGAUGGGAUGAUACCCUAUUUCUCUUACAUUCAACGAAGUGAACUUGUCCUGGACAAACAGCUAAACUCUACUAAGGAGUUCUGCGGAUUCCACUAAAUGAACCAUAAUUGGAAUUUGUGAUUUUGAAGAUCAAGGAUAGCACAAGAAGCUUACACGAGUGUUCAUUUAACCAUUUUCCAGUAUUAUUUUUUUCUCUUGUGUUGUAAAGAUUAACUGGGCCAUUAGAAGAAGAAAAAAAAGUAUGGUAGUUUUCUAAUUAGGAAUAAAUUUACAAGUUCUUAAAAAUUUCUAGACAGUGUUCAGAUUGAAUGAGAAGUAUUUAUUGUAUCAAAGUACAUUCUUAACAUUUCUAGGUUCUCCAUUUUACAGUUUUUUUUAUGCUUUAAUAUAUAUUAAUUUAUAUUUGUCCUGCUAUUUUUCUAUUUUGGUAAAGACAAAAGUGAUUUUUUUUUUGUUUUGUAAGAGAACUAAUGUAGCAUAUUGUCUUGACGGGGUUGUUUUUGAAUACAUUUUGUCCAGCAAUCCCUCUAUAUGUGGUUGUAGACCUAAUAAAAUGGAGAAUUAUACCCCAAGAUCGUAAAAAAAAUGUACAAUAGAAAGAGUGUCUUUGACAUUAGACUGAAUUAUAUAGAAGUAAUUUCCCCUCUAUUUAAUAUAAAUGUAUAUUUGCGUACAUCUAAAAUUUGUGUGUAUGAAUACAAAUGAAAAUAGGAUUUAGGAAAUCUCCAAUUUAAUAUUCCCAUGGCAUUUUACCUUUAUUCUAGAGCAGGAAAUACUGUAAGAAACUGUGAUUUAUUUUACCUUUGUAAUAAAACUACUAUGACACCCUGUGAUUCCCCAUGUUAAUAUGUUGCUGCUAAACUACUUAUACAUUGGUAAUGUUUGGUAGUAGCCUUUCCUCUACUUUUCCUAAAAUAAUAAUUAUUAAAAAAACAAAAAAAAACAGGCACUCUGUACAAAUACUGUUGUAUUUUCAACAAGUUUUUUAUUAUUAUCAAAGACAAAUAAGUGUACAUGUAAUGCAGUGUGCUAUGUGUUAUCUGGAUUGAUAUCAGUAAUGCAACUGAUGUUUGUAAAUUAAACAGAUAUUACUUCA